AUGAAGCUUACAUAUUCUACACAUCCCGGUAAAACAGGAAGUCAGCGUCGUCAGCAGACAACAUUCACGCCUGAACAGCUCGACGCUUUAGAAGCCGUGUAUUCGGACAACAGUCACCCGGAUGUACAAGUAAGGGUGCGCUUAGCCAUCAAACUGGGUCUUACCGGAAACAACAUUUUGAUCUGGUUUAAGAACCGACGCGCGAAUACCAGAAACACGGAUUAUAAUGACGCCAAUAAAGUGGCCCCAAAUUCCCCCAGGGCAGACACAGUAACCGCAGACAACGAUGACGUUAGAAAACGUACUCCAACUUACCGCCUCCUGAAGAAAAGAAGCCAGAAUAAUAAUUACGUGACCAUAGCAACGCCAAAGCAACUCAGAUGCGUAUACAACAAUGUCAGCGACGGCAAAGAGUGGAUAGCCGAAGCGAACAUCGACGCCUGUUUCAUGCGCGACGGAAUUCAUGGAUUCAAGCUUCAUGCUGAGUGCAAUUGA